GUAAACGUGGUGCCUGCGGGGCCGGGCGGCCCUGCCGCCUCUAUCCCCGCACCCGAGGCCGGAGCAGCGCGGCGGCUCUCUUGUUUGCUUCUGCUUUUUAAAACCACAAAAUGUCUGAAGUUAAGCCAAGGAAAAAAGGUAUUUCUUCAUCCAAGACCAGUGAAGAUUCACAGAAGGCUGAAAAGCACAGUAAUUAUGGGAAGCUGGCAGGUCCCAGGACCAGCAAUAAUCACAGUUCCUUUUGCAUGGACUCAAGGACAAGUUUGAGUAUCAUUUCCCUUGCUAUUUGCCUGGUGGUGAGCUGGUUUCUAUUUCAGCAGUCAGGUCAAUUUGCUGAUCUGGAAAGGAAGUACAAUUUUUUACAUCAAGAAGCUGGAAAAAUCCUGGAUGUGGGAAAUAAAGUAAACUUAAUUUCUGAAAAGCUUGAGUCUUCUGAAAGUGUCCUGCAAGAAGCUGCCUCAUCUAUCUCUGUGAUGACUAAGUUUGGGCAGGAAAUAUCUUCUCUUCAUAACAUCAUAAAUGAUAUUCAGAACAAUGAACAGACUCUCUCUCUAAAGAUGCAGAGCAUUAAUGAGAAGUUCCAAAAUGUUACAAAUUCCUGGAGAAGAAGCCUGGAUGAAAUGAACACAAAUGCUAGUGGUUUAAAAUCUGAAGCAAAGUUCAUACAUACAGAAGUUACUUCCAAAAUUAAUGAAGUUGACCAAAGAAUUAAAUCCCUUUCAGAAAGAGUAAGAGAUUUGGAAGACAGUACAGCCAGAAAUAUCAGAACACUGAAAAAGCAAGAAGAUGAUGAAUUCUCUAGAGUUGAACAGAAGUUGAACUUGGAUGCAAAGUCAGUUGAAAAGCUAGAAGAAGAACAGAAUAGUCUGGUAGCCAAGGACACAGACCUGAAUAAGAAACUUGCAAACUAUGAACCUAAAAUUGAGGAGUGCAAGACCCACUUGCCAAAAAUUGAAAAUGCUAUUCACUCUAUUCUUAGGUUGUCCAGUGACUUGCUUAGUAUGGAGAAAAAGAUAGAGGACUUGAAGACACAGCUGUACACUGUGGAAAAUGACAUGUUGAAAACUGUUUCUGAUACAGUGGUGAUGCAGAAGGCUCUUGAAGGCCUUCAGUCCAAUGGCAGCUUGUUCAAAGUGCAGCAUGAACUAGCUGUUCUAGAAACAGGGGCUGACACGGCAGUAUCUUCAAAAGCAAAAGAAGUAACUUUAGAAAGCUCUAACUUAGAAAAUGACCAGAGUGGGGAUAAGUGAAUUUGGACUUAGUUUUUCAUUGAUGAAAAAGCACUUUUUUAUAAAUAAUGUGAUUUAAACAUCAAGGAUAGCUAAGCUAUUGUCAUUGAUCUAAAGAGACAUUGGAACUGCCUGAAAGGUUGAGAAAGAGGCUGGAGGACAAGAGAUUUUCUUAAAUUAAAUAUUCUUUUCAGCUUAUUUAUUAAAAUCUCUCUUUUAUUAAAAAUAAUUUUAAACAAAGUAUUUAUCUUUGAGGGGGGAAGUUCAUAUUUUUAGUUUGUAUUUAGUUUUCACUAUUUAGUUUCUUUUGUUGUUACUUUGUGUAUUAUUUUCCAUAGACUUGUAACACAGUGAACAAUUAAUCACUUAUUUCUCAGCAGAGGUAGCUGUAACUUGCUUUUAAUAUAUUGUACACCAUAAUGGUUUCAUGCUGCAGGAAAUUUUUAAGUACACUUACUGGUUAUAUUUUUAUAACUGGGUACACUUUUAACAGCAGAAGCUUAGAUACAACACCCUUAGAGAAAACACUAGUAAAGUACCCCCUGCAGAGAACCUUUUCUUGUUCUGAUAUCUAUAAGCAGCUAGUAUUUACAUAGCAGCUGGUUUGAUUUCAUGGUUUUUUGGUGUGUUGUUGGUUUUGUUUUUUUUGGGGGGUGUUUUGUUGCUUUAGAAACAAAUUUUAACCCUUUCUUCUGUAGGAUGUUCUUUGUUAGGCAUUACAUGGUACAUCUUGUAUUGCUUUGUAUUUGAAAAGAAAAAAACAGUUAACAGUGUUUAACAGUUUUAAUUGACGUUGUUUCCCAAAGUUUCUGCAAAAGUAAUUAAUAAAAUCAGUGGAGUUAUGUGCUUGGGAGAAGGGAAUAGCCAGUUUAUCCAUAGACCUACUUACACAUGAUGUAGUACUAUUUAAUAGGCCUGACAGCUGGUCAUUGAAAUUUGGAUGUCAGGGAAAACAUAAAUUGUCUGCAGACUUAUUGUCUUGAUAAUUCUGUAUUUCUCAGAAAAGAAGAUUGCUUAGUAAAAACAUUAAGAACACACAUUUAUGGCCUAAUCAGAUCUACUUGAAAUUAUUCUGGCUUUGUAUAUUCAUUUCUCAAGAACUCCACUGAAACCUUCACUAAACAG